AUGGCUCCGCCAACUCCGUUCAACUCAAAGUAUGAUCAGGAUAUCAAGAAACACAUCAUCGAAGUACGUGACAGGACGACUGGACAGUACAACAAGUACAUCUACAACGACGCUUUCAAACAAUUCGAAGCAGCUCCGGAACCUGUUGCCGUCUUCGAGAGAGAUCUGGAGCCACUGUAUCAAUCGGAGUGCUCCCGUCACUCGAAUAUCAUCUUCUGCCGAAACAAGAAGGCUGGAGGAAAAAUCUUCAAGUACAAAGCUGGAGACGAAAGAGGUCCAUGGCAAAAGGUUCAAUGUCUCUGUUGCCAUUUUGAGCAGAAACCAGAAAAUCCUGAUUGGGUUGAGCUCAUCAAAAAGAGCAUGAAUCUGGACAAACCGGUCGAUGAUGACAAGUACAGUUACCUCUGGUUCCAGCCAGUCUUCUCAAAAUUCUGUCAGAAUACCGGUAAGAUUACUGUGUUUGCAAGCAUCUACCCUCAUCAAGAUCGUCUUCUCGCUUGGAAUUUUGACUUGGAGAAGCUGAAUUUCGUUCCAGCCGAGUGUCAACAAGAGUGUUGUCAAAUGAUCACGGGAUUCGAUCGUCGAAUCUCUCCAAGAGCAUUCGACUUUGGAUCUCAAGGAAAGUACUUUGCCAGAAGUCAUUAUGAUCAGACUGGACGUCCAUUGAUUUGUUUGGCCAUCUCUUGGUACAAUUCUGAACACGGACAAAUGGAAAUCUUCUUGGAUUCUGAUGGUGACAUCGGACGAUAUGAGUGGAAUGAGAAAUGCCAAUGUUUCGAUCUUGUGGAGACAUUGGAUGUCAGAACACUCAAUCAUAACGAUUGCGAAGAAGUGAAAAUAAUGAAACCAGAAAUCUGGUAUGACGAUGGACUCCGUCUUUUGUAUCCAAAGGAGUGCCCUACGUUGAGAGAUACAAUCUUCUUCAGUUGGCACGUCAAGGAUGGAAAGACUCGUAAAUACGUCUUCAACCCAAUCUGCCUUCAAUUCAACGUCGUCAAGUGUCAAUGUUGUGUUUUCGACGCUUCCUUGAUCAUCGACAAGGAAGAGAAUACUCAUGUUGCUGUCUACACUUGCAAUACUACUUCCACUAAACUGAUGAUCAGAAGUAAUAAGGAUGGAUGUAUCAACAAGGAGCUGUUCACUUAUGCUGGAGAGCAACGCACACUUCAAAAGUCACCGAUUAGAAUCGACUCGCAUCUUAUGCCACAUGAGUUCGGAAUUCGUCGUGUAAUUGAAAAUAAUGUUCCGCACAUGAUUCAAAUCCUCAUUUCGAAAAAAGACGAAGCAUGGGUUAUCAGAAGAUUCCGACUCGGUUCUGAUGGUAAAACAGCAACUGGAACUGUUGUAUUAAUGGAUGGCAGUGUCAAACCAUUCUAUUACGAUCAGAAACUAAUGGAAUAUGCGAUUUUCGAACCAGAUUGUGCUGACUUGGCUGCAUUGAAGAAGACACAUCCAAAUGCUUCUCCACAUGAGAACUGUGACAGAUAUGCGCUGGAUUGGGACUUGACUCCAAGAUCAUUGGCAUACUGUACUCAUUUCAACAAUCAUUUCAUCACUGCCUACAAUCAUUUCACCAAUUCCACUCACACCUACGUCUACAAUGGUUCAACUGGGCAUCUUCAUGAGAAUUCCGGAUGCGAAACAUGUCAGAAAGAACGAAUGUAUUCGAUUGGACCGAAUCAAGUAAUUUUCGGAGCUGCGAGUCCUCAAAGUAAAAGAGCCAUCAUUGUUUCAACUAAUUCCGAAGGAAGAUUGAUGAAGAUUGGAGAGAAUUCUCAUUCGAAAGUGUACUGCGGAAUGGUUCCAUCGAGAGUUUUGACAGAAAAAGAUGUGCAGUUUCUUGGAGAACAGAACGCAAGCAAGUCGGAGGAAUUGAUUAGAAGUGGUCGAAUUCCAGAGAAGAAACUCCACGAAGAGACAGUUGCCCGAUUGGAAACUAGAGUGAUGGAAGCUGAGAAGAAGAUCAAAGAUACGGAAACUCAGAACAAUAUGCUUUCGGAAGAAAAAACCUUGUUGGAGAAGCAAAUCAUGGAGUUGGAACAACAAAUAAAACAGCUGAAUGAAGGAAAAAAGGAAAUGGAGAAAGAAGAAGUUGAAGAAAAGGAAGAACUCCCUGUAGAGGAAGAGAAAGUGACCAUUGUACAAAAGCAUCAACCAUUGUCUACGGAUCAUGACCUCUCUCCAAUGUACCGCAACUUCUGUAAACAUACUGGUCAUUUCCUGAUCACUGCCUUCAACAGAAUCACAGAAACCACGAGUCACUAUGUUUUCAACCCAGACACUCUGUUAUUCCAUCAUCAAGACUACUGUUCAUUGUGUCCAUCUUAUGAAAAUGGUGUCAAAGUUAACAGCUUUGUCAUUAUCAUGCCUAUCCAGUCUAUGAGAUGCAAAUUCCCAUAUUUGAUUAUGACCGACGAAACAGGACGAUUGGUUAAAAUUGGAUUCGAUUCGAUUUCCAUGAGUUUCGUCUUAAUUAGUCCGGCGGUGAUUCAGAAUCAAGUUGAGUCCAUCACACAGAUUACGAACUCAAUUUGCUAUUCACACGCCCUUGAAAUUCCAAAUACUCCAGGACCACAUGACACUGAUCUUUGUCCAAAGUUCCGCAUAUUUUGUACUCACAUCUCGGAAUUUUUAAUCUUUGCCAAAGAUUGCUUCUCUGGAACCGAAGGAUUCUACUUGUUCAAUUCCGCAACGGGACAUAUGGAAGAACACGAUGACUGCCCAUCUUGCAGAACAAGAUCCCCGGUUUACAUCAUUGAAAAAAUGAGAAGUAUCAUGGCAAUCAGCUCUCCAUACUCUAGAUGGCCAAUCAUGUUGACAACUGAUAAGGAUGGAAUGUUUGUUCCGAUUGGAUACGAUACGUCUAGUCAGAAGUUUGAGAAAAUGCAUCCAUUGGCUAUUAAACUACUCAAAAACAAAGAAGAGAAGACCGAGGAAAAGUCAGAAGUUAAUUUCGUAACAGACACAGUUCAAAUGAAUCCAGUAGAGAACGAAGAUGACGACGACGAGUGCUCUGAUGAAGAGGAGGAGUAUUCUGAUGAAGAGGAGGAGUAUUCAGAUGAGGAGGAGGAGUAUUCGGAUGAGGAGGAAUCUGGUGAAGACGAGGAAGAUGAAGAAGAAGAAGUCGAUGAAGAUCUUCUUGUUGGAGCUCAAAUCAUCAACGAAAUUCGAAACAUGCAAAUCGCUCCAAAUGAGUCAGAACAUGAUGACGAAGACUGCUCUGAUGAAGAAUACUAUUGUUCAGAUGAGGAAUGUUCAGAUUGUUAUGAAGAAUGCUCUGAUGAGGAGUGUUCGGAUGAAGAAUGCUCAGAUGAAGAAUGCUCAGAUGAAGAAUGCUCGGAUGAAGAAUGCUCGGAUGAAGAAUGCUCAGAUGAAGAAUGCUCGGAUGAAGAAUGCUCGGAUGAAGAAUGCUCGGAUGAAGAGGACGAGUGUUGCUCUGAUGAAGAAUGUUGCUGUGAUGAGGAAGACGAGUGUGCGGAAGAAGCCAAAGAUGAGAAUUCAGAAGCUUUGAAGAAAGAAGCCACGAACGCGGACAAAGCAGAGGACAAUGGAAACUUCGUUCUUGUAACUGAAGAAGAUAUUGAAAGGGAUGUUCCAGAGUUUAUCUCUAAUCUUUACCGAUUCGGCAUUGUCGACCAAAAAAUCCAGAGAAUCAUUGACAAUUCAGCAGAUAUGCUUGAGAAAUACAAGAAACUUAAAAGUUUCAUUGAUCAGAUGUAUGAUUUGAACUCAAAGAAAACUGUUGAAGCGGCCGAAGGAGAUGACGUUCCAAAUUCAUCUCAAAAUCCCACUGAGCAACACGAAAUCAGAGAAAAUAAUGAUGUCGUGGAGGUUGCUGCUGAUGAUAAUGUAUCGGCUGACAUGACUCAUCAAGAAGAAACAGCAACAACUUCAAAUGAUAUCAAAUGUGUUGAGUUGAUUGAGAAUGAUCGUGAAGAUGUUGAAUCCACUGCUACUGCUUUGGAGAACGACCAGGAAGACGUCGAGUCCACAACCACUGCGUUGGAUCAUUCUGAUGUUGUAGAAGACGACGAGGUCAUUGUUGAGGAUCAGAUGUCAACUGCCACGGCUAUUGAGGAAGAACAAGAUGACGUUGGGUCAACUGUAACUGCUCUCGAUAUUUCUGAUAUCAGUGAUAGUGCUGAAUUCAUUAAUGAACAUGAUAUCGACGAUGCCUCGUCAACAGCUACUGCAAUCGAAGGUGAUCAAGAUGACGUUGAAUCAACUGUAACUGCUCUCGAUAUUUCUGAUAUCAGUGAUAGUGCUGAAUUCAUUAAUGAACAUGAUAUCGACGAUGCCUCGUCAACAGCUACUGCAAUCGAAGGUGAUCAAGAUGACGUUGAGUCAACUGUUACUGCUCUUGAUAUUUCUGACAUCAGUGAUAGUGCUGAGUUCAUUAAUGAACAUGAUAUCGACGAUGCCUCGUCAACAACAACUGCAAUUGAGGGGGAACAAGAUGACGUUGAAUCGGUCACCACUGCCUUGGAUCAUUCUGAUUUGGAAGAUGACAUUGAGAUUAUUGGUGAAGCUCCAGAAGAAGAUCCACAAGAAACUUCUUCAUUAGAAUUAGAUAUCACUCAAGACAAUGAAGAUGCUCAAUCCACAACGACAGCUCUGGAGAUUUCUGACUCGGAAUCUGAUGUUUCCCAUGUCGAUGCUGAACGAGAUGUCAGUGAUAUCGAAGAUCGUGAAGACACUGAAUCAGUUCACACUGCUCUGGAACCAGACGUUGCCACAGAAGACGACAUCGAAAUGGACAAUGUUUCCAUGUUGAGUUCCACUUCAACUGCCAGAGAACCUUCAAUUGCAAACGAUGACGAAAGCUCAAUUGGCAGUGAUAUCUCAUAUUUGGACACUGAUUUCUCAGUGAAUGGCGAUGAACCAGAGUCAGAGAUGGUCAAAUCGAACUAUGAGGAUUGCAACGAUCAACUGGGAGAGGCGGAGCCAGAAGGAGAAGAGGGACCAGUUGCACAAGAUGCCAACACAUGCAUCAUUUCUUAA